AUGGUCGCGAUCACCAGUCUCUUGACAGGUCUUCUGGCCUUGUCUUCUUCAGCUGCCUCUACUGCGAUCCGCCGCCGCUCAAUCACACCACCAGAAGGAUGUCCUAUUCCCACAUGGACCGUCAGUGACUUCCGCUGGUACAAUGGCUCCCACAGUCUUGACUGUGUCCACAACGAUGUCGAUAUCAACACCAAGGGCUGCCUUUGCGGCUCAGGCUGGUGUGAGCCAGAUCCUGCGACAUGCAAUGGCACCAUGGUGAAUGUCUGCUGGACCGGCAUGCCCAGCUACCAACCAUGGGGUUACGGCCCGCCCCAAACUCUCGACAUCAAGUUUGCCGAUGGCUUGACUUGCCACGACGAGUACAUUGGCUAUCGCGUUCAUGAUAUCGGUCACGGUGCGAGCAAUUGCGGCUAUGCUGACCGAGGUCUCGGGAGAAUCGUUGCUUUCUAUGGUUCGUCGAAUGAGGAUUCUUCCACGGGCCACUUGGACUAUACCCUCGGCGACGGGCAUGCGCUCAAGUGCGACAAUGGGAGCUCUAUCACGUACUCUGGAAGUGUGGACUUUGCGCUCACCUGCAUACAUGAUGCGGAUUUCAAUGCUACUUGCACCGCACCUGUGUUUGAAGUUCCAGUACUGAGCUAUCAGUGGGUCUCCUAG